CGAUACGGUUCGAGAUCUAGUCAGUCGCUCUGACACUAAGCGGUGUGUACCACGCGUCUACCAGAAGAAAGUGCAAUCGGUGUUUGGUGCUUUAGUGUGUGUGUGUUAGUGCACGAUUGUGAAUAUUCUCAUCACCCCAAAGAGAUCUGUAUCGUACCAGAGAUGAUGUCCAUCAGAGCGUGCCGUUUUGCGCAUUGGAUGGUAGUGACGGUAGCGAUAAUGGUGCUGUCAUCCGCCACGGACGCACAGCUCUCGUUCCACAACGAUCCCUCGCAGAACAGCUUCUCGAUCAAGCUGCCCGCCUUCCAGCAAUCGUUUACGCGUUACUUCGGCAAUCAACCGCAGGGUGCACUGCUGCAACAGCAGCAGCAACCGCAACAGCUACAGCAACAGAUACCGAGCACGCUGACACAUCCAUCACUAAUCGGUAGUCAGGCACAGGCUUAUCAGCAGCAGCAGCAGCAACAGCAGCAACCGUUGUACUAUCAGCAGCAAGCACAGCAGCAACCUCAGCCGGACGCUUUGAAUCGCUACGUUGCCCAAUUCCCGGAUCAACCGCACUACACCGUCCAGGAGAACUACAUCAAUCCCAACAUUCGUCUGCGGCUUCAACAGCAGCGGCUUCUUCAGCAGCAGCAGCAGCAGCAACAGCAACAACAGCAAUAUCAUCCAUCACAGACUAACCAAUAUCAAGGCUUCGCAACUUCCGCCCAAUCCGUACCAACUGCUCAGGAUGCGAGUGUCUACAGCAAUCAGCAACCACAGUACGAGUACGUCCAACAGACGACCGGUGCCGAGGCACAGCAGGAACCGCUCGCCCAACCACAAUACCAACCGGCCUCAGGACAGUUUGGAGUACGGGGACAUCAGCAGCAGCAACAGCAGCAGCAGCAGGCGGGCAGCGAAAAUGAAGCGGCCAAACUGAUCGGUGUUGCCUUUUCACCGUCGAACGAGGUGUCGCAGGUGAAGUUUAGCAGUGGCGGCUUGAAGUACAAUUUCUAGGAAGAGACUCCCUUCAACCUUUGAUUAGCUAACGUUCGACUUUGGUCUUUUGUUUUAAUCUAAUGUUAUUGUUCUCAAUAAAAAAAUUUUUGUUUUACUAAAUUUAUGUCAAGUGAUUUCUUGUCUGAGUUAAAGUCUUUCUUUGGUGAUAUAGUUCCAGGUCCAGGAGUCGUUAAGGACUUGUGAAGCGUGUGGACAUGAUCUCUACCAAUGUAAUCGUAGUAGGGAUCACAGUAGUGGUAUUAGUGUCACAGUAGGAGCUCAGCAAUGGCGGCUUGAAGUACAAUCCCUGGAGGAAAUUCUUGUCUGAGUUAAAGUCUUUGUAUGGUGACUCCUUGGUCCUGGAGUCGUUUAGGACUUUCUUGUGAAGCAUGUGGACAAUGUCCACGAAGUAGGGAUCUUAGCAGGAGUCCAUCGUUGUCCAACGAGAUGACACAGUAGAACCUCAGCUUGACGUACAAUCCCUGAAGGAAUUUCACUUUACCUGUAGUUUAGCUAUGCUUAUGCUGUCAGUAAAAUUUCUAC